AUGCCCUCGUACCAGAUCAGGCCAUCGAUUGAUCCGUCAGUCUUAAGCCAGGAUCCUGAAACUCAGCCGAGGGUACUUUCGCAAAGAGUUCUGGGAUUGUUACUAAGGACAGAGAAAAAGAUUGGCCAAUUGCUGACUGGCGCGACCCCAGUAACGAUCCAAUAAACAAUCGCGGGUCAAAUUUCUUCUGCAAUAAAAUUCCUUUCUCGUUUCUAAAAGGCGAAUAACACAACUGAAAACUGCUCUCUUUUCCUGAGUCGAAGGAGUGGAACUUUCGUAUGCAUUUUAUCCGCGUUUCCGAAAAAAAUUUCCACGACUUUCGAACAAUGCCGAAAAUAUUCAGGUGAUUUCUGGAGUUUGCCGAAUGAUGCAGUGUCCAUUCCCUCAAGCCGAUCGCGACACUCGACAUUUCAUACCACUGACUGGAAUAUUUUGGGUGGAGAUUGAAUAAACGUUUUUCAGUUUAAUGGUUUAUGACAUGUCGUUCGGAAUUUGAGUCAGGAAUUCAGUGACGUUUUCCAUCUUUCAUGACUGUGCAAUGAACUAGUAACGUUGGUGGACAGCGGGUUCGUCAAGGGUCAUUCUGUCAUAUUCAGUUAAUCAGCCCUAAGAUUAUACCCCCGGUGGGGAAGGGGAGCUACUCAACAACGUUUAAAUGGUAAGGCACUACCCCGAGACCUAACUCCUUACACAUUUAUCGUUGAAGGAACUCGUCGUGUUUGUUUAGGGUUGGAGCGUCCCCGUAUAAAAUUCAAUGUCACUCAUUUCUUUUCAGGAUCCAUUUAAUAACCAUAAGUCUUACAGAAAGUCGAAUUUUCUUGAGUACCGGGUGUCCCUCGCGCCUUCUUGUUCUCGCGGUCGAUUUGCAUUUUGGCAAGUCUAGGACUCGGCAAUAGCCGACAUUGCACCUUGUUUAUUACUAUUGUUUUAGGUUGAAAAGUAUGUCAAUGAUGGCCUAAACUGGCAUGAGGGAAUGAAAGUGAGAUGGGUUGGAGCUAUAUUAAACGCAAUUAAUGAAAUCCAGAGGAACUUGUCAAGGCUUACAACACCCUAUCUACUUGUCCAUGGUGAUGGAGAUCAAUUAGUGAAGAUUGACGGUUCACGAUACUUACAUGAGAAUUCUCCCAGUAACGACAAGACAUUUAAGGUACACGAAUGAGCUGCUAUACUGACAGAAUUGAGCGAACUAAUAGCCUCUCUAUGGGUAUUUCCGACGAAUAGUUAGGGCGCUUGACGCGGUAUAUCAUGAUGGCAGGAAGAGGCGGUCUUAAAACGGCGUUUGUUAAAGUGUUGUUAUUGUCCUGCCCGGAGUAGCAGUUUCGGCCGCCUUCUUCCAAGCGUAAUUAUUGUGAACUUAUCCCAACAACAGUCGUGAUUUGUCUAAACCUUUUUAGCCCCAAGAGUGACCAAUAUCAAUUUUCUCCUGACGAUGUCACCAAGUUUUCAACGGAAAAGGUUAUAAGAAUUUAUAAAAUAAUCACCAAAGAAGAAUUUCUCGUCUCCAAACUUGAUGUCUAAAGAAUAAUAUAGAGUUUUCCCUCUUCGGCCAAUUUUCCUUCCCGUUGUCACUUUUAAAUCUACCUAUUAUUAUUUCAUUAUUAACUCAACUGCUUGUGAAACUUCCUUUGCAGGUGUACAAAAAUGGACGCCAUGAACUGUUGAAUGAGGUGGAAGAAACUGCGAGCGUGGUUUACAAGGACAUUCUUGACUGGAUCCAGCAAAAGCUACCUUGA